AUGCCUAGUUUGUAAAAUAGCAUUUUGAAUCACACUGAUUAAAUUAUUUUAGAUGAUUGUGUAUUUGAAUUUUAAAAGUAUUUGGAGAAAGUAAUUCCAAAUUAUUUUUCAGUCUCCAAAACAAAACAAUUUGUUUUUAAGGAUUAAAUGAUAACAAAUGUGAUAAGUACAUAUUUAGAUUAUUUAUAAAAGCUUCACUUUAAAAUUUGACAAACCAGUCAGAUUUUUUAAAACCUUAUGACAAAGAAAUAACAAUGACAACCCUAAAUAAAUUAUAUAAAAUAGUAUAAGAAAUAUCAGAGCAUGAAAAAAUUCGAGUUUUGAUAAAUCAAACUAUUUUGAAUAUAGAAAGAGAUACGAGAAGAUAAUUAUAGGAUUUAUAAGAUUUAUAUUAAUUACUAUUCUAGUCUAAAUCUUGUGGUAAAAUGAUGCUAUUAAAAUAAUUUGAUUAAUAUGUAAGAAAAUUGGAAUAAUAUACUUAUUUUUGGGAAAACCUAAUUUUAUUAGAAAAUUAGGAAAAAACUAUCAAAAUUGAAAAAAAAUCUUUGGUUUAGGAAACAGAUAUACUCAAUAAAAUUGAACUUUGGAAAAUGAUUCUCAUUCAAGAAAGAAAUAAAACUUCAUCUUCUAAAGCUUCCUCGUUAAUUUUAGAGCAAUAAAAAAUCAUUUAAACUUAAUCUCUAUAAUAAAAAAAUAUCCUCAAAGCUUUGUAAUAGUAUUGUGGAUUAGGACUUUAAAAGAACUAAUUAUAAUCAAUCUAAUUAUUUGAAGAUCUAGCAAAAUAGAGCAAUCCUUUAGCUAAUGCCAUUUUAGGUUAAUUAAUCUUAGAAGGUCAAAUAUGUGUAGGAAAUUAUGAAAAAGUAAAAAUACCUUAAAGAUUAUUUAAAUAGGCCUAUGAAUACUUUUCAGAGAGUGCUGACUAAAACUGUCCAAUAGGAAUUUAUUUUAUGUCAAAAUUAAUAUUAGUAAUGAUAUUAGGUAAACUAUAUUAGGAAGACAAAGUCCAGAAUAAAGUAUUUGGAGAGGCCUAAAAAUCUAGUAGUAAAUUCAAUAAUACAAACAAUUCUAGGAUAGAUGAAUGUUAAUUUGCAAUUUCUAUGCUAAAAAUAGCUUCCGAGGCAGGAAAUGUGGAAUCUAUGAUAUAUUUAGGGGACCUAUAUUCAUAGGGAUACAAAUUGGAUGAUUGUAUAUAAAUUAAAUAUUUGAAGUUAUUUUUGAAAAAGAUUACUCAACAGCUGAGAUCUAUUUCAAAGAGGCUAAUAAAAAAGAUAGUAUAGAAGCCAAGUAUAAACUUGCUAAACUUUAUUAAAAGAUGUACAAAGUUCCCAUUUAUAAAGUAUAAUUUUAUGUUCAAUAUUUUAUAGAAUAGGGUUCAAUUAGUCUAUCCAUUGUUAUUGGAGGCUAAAAAUAAUGAUUACUUGCCAGCUUAUUAUGAUUUGGGCAAACUAUUAAUUGAAGGUAUGAAGGAUGAUUUUAAGCCUAAUUAAAUAAUGGCAGAAUUAAUUUUGGAAUAAGGAGCAAUGAAGGGUAAUUAAGAUUGUGCUAGACUUAUUCUAGAAAUCAAAUAUAAUAAAUUAGUUAAUAAUAAAAUUAACCUAUAAGAAUUUCUAUAAUUAUUGGAUUAAUUAGAUUAAAUCUAGAAUAAAGUUGAAAAUUUAACAUUUUAUUAUAGAGGGAUAAUAUUAUCAAAUGGAUUGUAAAAUGAAAGUAAUUCUUAAGUUGCUAACUAAUUAUUUAAGUAUUUAAUAUGGAAUAUAAACUAGUUUAGGAUCUAAUUUAGGAUGUAGUAAGUGUAAAUAAGAAUUGAAUCAAGGUUAGAAAAAAGAUUUAAAUUUAAAGAAGGAAGGAUUAGAAUAAUAAGAAAAACAGGAAAGAUUUUAAUCAAAUCUCGGUUUUGUUUAAUAGUUUAAAUAAAGUGAUUGGAGAUUAAGAUUUAGAAAAUAGAGUAUAUUUUCCAAUCCAUAUAAUGUUUCAUAAAUAGAAAAUGAUCAAUCAACAAUGUACAUUUAAUAUAAUUUUGAUAUUUUAGAUAAGCUAGAAUGACAGCCAGUAUUAUUAAAACAAUAGAUACAAAUGAUGCGGAGAAUAAGAGGAAAAGAGUUAUAUCUGAUUAUACAGGAUUUUCUAAGCAAUAACCUUCAGAUUAAAGCAUAUUGUUGUCUAAUUUGAGAUUGAAUCCAUAUGAUUAGCAAUAAAUGAAUUCAAACCAUUAAAUUUAAGAGGAAAAGUAGAAAAAAUUAUCGUUUCUUACAAAAAAAGAAAAGCCAAAGUUUUUGAGACAUUUAAGUUAACACGCAAUCCAUUCUUAAUCAUAAAAUUUACUAAAUUUAUAAAAUGAAUGA